UUUAUAACAAAUCAUGUGAUACAGUCUUUUAAAUUUAAGAUGCCCAGUACGAAAAGAAGAAGAAAGAAAUGAGUAUUUAUUCAGUGAAAUCAUAAAUCAACAGGACAUUGUAGCUUCAGUUUCAAACUCAAAUUUCGAAAUUAUGUAUCAAAUUAUCUAGUGAAACUCACAUUCAUAAUCGACUGAUUCUAUAUUUUUAAAUCUACUGAUUUUUCGUGGACAAUAUUUUCCAAAUUGAGGCAACCCUCUAAAUAAUCAAAAUGGCAGAAUCAGUCGAAGAUCUUGAUUAUGAUUGUAUCUACAAUAUGUUUCUCACAAAAAUUAUUCUGAAGAAUCUAGCAUCGAUUCCAGACCGUCAGAGAGUAUUGAGAUGGACAAGAAAGUUGACAACAUGUAAUAGGACCUUGGAAGAAAGAAAACUUAGAAAUGACUUCAUGUAUUACCUGACUCUCAAUGUCCAGAGUGGAGAAUUAAGACCCCCCUUCACUGAGGACCCCCCUGCUGGACCAUUACCUGCUAUGGCUCAAUUAUUGCCUGGUGGAGCCGAAGCAACAGCUGAAGCCCUGGAAAUGGAAGCAAAGCGAGGCUGCUGGGGAGAAGAUGUUGAUGGAGCCAGCGGGGAGAGGCCAAUGCUUGUCAGAAUGUCCCCAGAUGGCGGCGCUUUCCUUGCCGCUCAACCCAUUCCAAAAUGUGGCGCUUUCUGCUAUUUAGCCGUUGUAUCUAAGAAAAAGGAUGAAUAGAUUUCUAUAUAAUCUACCAUUUUAAAUUGAAUUAGAAUUUUGAAGAAGCUAUAAACUAUAGCUUAUUUAUGAUGUGUCUUUUAUGAAGAUUUCAAAUGUAAAUAUAGUAAUUGAUUAGACAAUUUUUCUCGCCGU